AUGACUGUCACUUACUCCAGUAAAGUAGCAAAUGCAACUUUUUUUGGAUUUCAUAGGUUGCUCCUCAAGUGGAGAGGCAGCAUCUACAAGCUACUGUACAGGGAAUUUAUUGUUUUUGCUGUCCUUUACACAGCAAUCAGUCUGGUGUACAGAUUGUUACUUACAGGAGCCCAAAAACGUUACUUUGAAAAAUUAUCAAUUUACUGUGACAGAUAUGCUGAGCAAAUUCCAGUAACCUUUGUGCUUGGGUUCUAUGUCACUCUGGUGGUGAACCGAUGGUGGAACCAGUUUGUGAAUCUGCCUUGGCCGGACAGGCUCAUGUUCCUCAUCUCCAGCAGUGUCCACGGGAGCGACCAGCACGGGCGCCUGCUCAGAAGGACGCUGAUGCGCUAUGUCAACCUCACGUCCCUGCUCAUCUUCCGCUCCGUGAGCACGGCGGUGUACAAAAGGUUUCCGACCAUGGACCACGUGGUCGAAGCAGGUUUUAUGACGACAGAUGAAAGGAAAUUAUUUGACCACCUCAAAUCGCCGCAUCUGAAAUACUGGGUUCCGUUCGUUUGGUUUGGAAAUCUUGCCACGAAAGCCCGGAAUGAAGGUAGAAUCAGGGACAGCGUCGACCUACAAUCAUUGAUGACCGAGAUGAAUCGGUACCGCUCUUGGUGCAGCCUCCUGUUUGGCUAUGACUGGGUUGGCAUUCCACUGGUUUACACACAGGUUGUCACUCUUGCCGUCUACACAUUCUUCUUCGCAUGCCUGAUUGGAAGGCAGUUCCUGGAUCCCACCAAAGGCUACGCGGGGCAUGACUUAGAUCUGUACAUUCCAAUCUUCACUCUCCUCCAGUUCUUCUUCUACGCAGGAUGGCUCAAGGUUGCCGAGCAGCUGAUCAACCCUUUUGGAGAAGACGAUGACGAUUUUGAAACAAACUGGUGCAUCGACAGAAACCUGCAGGUCUCUCUUUUAGCUGUGGAUGAAAUGCACAUGAGCUUACCCAAGAUGAAGAAGGACAUUUACUGGGAUGAUUCUGCCGCGCGGCCACCGUACACCCUGGCAGCUGCUGACUACUGCAUACCCUCGUUUCUGGGCUCAACGAUCCAAAUGGGGCUGUCCGGGUCCGAGUUCCCCGCGGAGGACUGGCUGUGGAACUAUGAGAAGCAGGGCCACCGGCACUCGGUGAUGAGGAGGGUCAAGCGCUUCCUGAGUACCCACGAGCACCCCGGCAGCCCCAGGAGGAGGACUUUCGGCAGGCAGGCCAGCGACAGCUCCAUGUUCUUCCCCCCGAGCCCAGCUCGGGAUCUGCUGGAUGUGCCCUCCAGAAAUCCCCAGCGAGCCUCACCCACCCGGAAGCAACCCCAAUCCCGAGAGGGCAGCCCUAAGCUGCAUUCCAGCAUGGGAGAACUGUCCACCAUCAGGGAGACCAGCCGCACCAGCACUUUGCAGAGCCUGACCCCGCAGUCCAGUGUGAGGGCCUCCCCUACCAAAAUGCCCCAGGUCCCUGAGGUCCUGAUCACAGCGGCUGAAGCCCCCGGGUCCUCGUCAGACAGCCAUCACCAAGACUCUGCUACCUCCAUCUUGAGCCUCGAGUUCACUGGGGUACAGCCAAGCAGGACUAAACGGCAGGUAGACCCCUCAGGGAAGGCGACACCACCUGGGGACCCCAAUCCCCAGACUGUUUCAACCAGUACCGAAAGAGACUUGUUCAAGUUUGAGGAAGAUCUGGAUGAUGACAGAUUCCCACAAAGGUGGAGCCUUCCAGAGUUACGGGACUCCAGGCACACCUCCCUGGGAAACUUAGGUCCAGAUCCUAUGACCCCCAGGCCUGCCCUCUUACUUGACACAGAAACAUCCUCAGAGACCAGCGUAACCCAUCCUGGGGCUGGUUCUAGGGUCUCUCCUGACGUCCUGUUCUUAAUGGAAAACUUGGACACUAAAGAAACAGACAUCCUGGAGUUUAACAGUGAGCACCCUGAAGAAUCCCCUAAGGGAACGCCACAGCGCCCUAGGACCUGGUUCUAGCUCACCAGCCUGGGGACACCCCUCCAGGAGCUGGCCAGUGUUUAGAAACAUGAUCCUACUAUACAAGCUACUUAGAACUCUGAAGGGCAUUAUGAUCCUGCAAACUUCAAACACAACCACAUCGUCUGUCUAGCGCAAAGGGGCUUUCACGGAAGUUGUAUGGCCCAAAAUGAAUUCUCAUAACCAAAUAAGGGAUCCCAUAUAAAUGUACAUGGCUUAUACAUCCAUACAUGAUUAGCUUUGGAAAGGACCACACAGAUCAUAGCCCAAUCCCCUAGAAGCAAAGGCCCAGACACAAAG